AAAUUACAUUGAGGCCUUGCCCCAAUUACUUCUUGUUAAGAGAUAGGGUAGAAAACGAGAGAGACAAUAGAUGGCUUCUUUCGUAGCAGCUCCAAGAGCAACAGUUGUUCCUAUCUCCUUGCCAUUUUCAAGGUCCGAUGAUGCUUUCUGCAAGGUUGUAUUUCCCCGAUCUGUUCCCCUGAAACGGCGCGGAUUGAAUGUUUCGAUGGGUGUGGUGAAAUUCAAGGGGACGCAGCAGAGAGAGAAGCAGCUGACGGAGAUGAUCGAGAAGAAGGUACUGGAGGCAAAGGAGGUGUGCGAAGGAGACGCUGCGUCCGACGAGUGCAGGGUGGCGUGGGACGAGGUGGAAGAGGUGAGCCAAGCCAAGGCGGAUCUGAGGUUGAAGCUGGAAAAGGAGGAUCCUCUGGAAUCUUAUUGUAACGAGAACCCAGAGACCGAUGAGUGUCGCAUCUAUGAAGACUGAUCGAUUCCUGGAAUCAAUUUGUAUAUCUUACCGUCGAAAUGAUUUUCGGGGUUCUUAAUGUCCGAAUAAAUAGUUUGUGAUCAGUGAUCACAUGUAAAAUUAUAUUAAUUGUGGCAACUUUUUCUUCUUCUUCUU